UGUAGAAGGUAAAUACUAAAUAGUGGCAGCAUAAACGAAAAGAGUCCCUCGAAGAAGGGAAUCAUCCGAAACACCUCAAUCGAAAUUCGAAGGUCGAACCACCCAAAACAAUGGCAGUCUCCAACCUACAGAGACUCUCCGCCCAAAUCCACCGUCUUCCUGCCCUCUCCUUCUAUUCAAACUCUCUAAUUUCGAGAUCCUCCGUCACUUCAACCUCACCCACAUCGCCAUCUCCCUCUUCCUCAAGAAAAGUUUCUGAUCGUAUUGUCAAGCUCUUCGCCAUCGAUCUGGAUGGAAAAAAGCGGGAGAUUGUUGGCUUGACCGGUCACACUCUUCUCAAGACCUUGGCCAACGCCGGUAUGAUCGAGCCAGCCUCCCACCGGCUAGAGGAUAUCGACGCUUGCUCCGCCGAAUGCGAGGUCAACGUUGCCCAGGAAUGGCUCGACAGGCUUCCGGGCCGCUCUUACGACGAGGAGUUCAUUCUCAAGAAAUACUCAAGAGCUAGAGUUCUCAACAAGCACUCCAGGCUCAGCUGCCAGGUCGUCCUCUCGCCUGAUCUCCAAGGUAUGGUGGUCGCCGUUCCCGAGGCUAAACCUUGGGAUAUCCCAUAAGAAAGAAGCUAGGGUUUUUCAUUUCUCAUAAAUUGUUUUCCUUUUUUCCUUUUCUGGAGUUGGACAUGAAAUAAUUUGCUUGCAAUUUUUUCUGAAACUUUGGAAAAAAGCAUUACAUUUUGAUAUAAUUGAACUAUGAUUGGCUUCCAUGCCAUCUGUGUAAGACAAAUGCCAUUUCAUUUUACAAUUUCCCUA